AUGGAGGAGGUGAUGGAGGAAGUGAUGGAGGAGGUGAUGGAGGAGGUGAUGGAGGAGGUGAUGGAGGAAGUGAUGGAGGAGGUGAUGGAGGAGGGGAUGGAGGAGGUGAUGGAGAAGGUGAUGGAGAAGGUGAUGGAGGAAGUGAUGGUGGAGGUGAUGGAGGAAGUGAUGGAGGAGGUGAUGGAGGAGGUGAUGGUGGAGGUGAUGGUGGAGGUGAUGGAGGAGGUGAUGGAGGAGGUGAUGGAGGAAGUGAUGGAGGAGGUGAUGGAGGAGGUGAUGGAGGAAGUGUUGGAGGAGGUGAUGGAGGAAGUGAUGGAGGAGGGGAUGGAGGAGGUGAUGGAGGAGGUGAUGGAGGAGGUGAUGUAG